AUGGGUCGCUCGUCGUACACAGCAAAUCAAUACUCCAAGGGCGAGGGCAUCUCGCGAUGUGCAGGUUGUGUCCAUGGUCACCAUGCCGAUACCCCAUCCGCGAAGGAAUCUAACAGCGGAAGAUAUAAUGAAUCUAGUCAGGCGACUCACGAGAACUACGAGCUAAGAAAUCCUUUUGCAGAAGGUGCUUUCCGAUGGGUGGCCAAGGGGCGAUACGUUUCAGGUCCUCGCAAGGGCCAACAAUGUGUUUCGAAGUGGUUCAAGACGGGCGCAGUAUUUUCAAGCGAUUAUUUCACUCUCGAUAUAAAGGCCGUCGACAAGGCCUUGGAGUUAGUCAAUCGAUUUAACCAACUAAAUAUCAUCAACAAAGUCAUCAAAAUUAACGUCCCAGCGGUGUGGACGUUUACCGACGACUCCCAUGAGGACUGGGCUGGUCAGAAAGUUCUAUGCGAACCCUUUAUCAACAAUUACCAGAAGUUUAACAGCAAUAGCGGAUGGAAUGACGAUGCUUUGCCGUGGGGUAAAGUCAUGCAAGCUCUCAGCCAUUUCAGCUACCACGUUUCCGGUGGCUUCUAUGUCCUGUGCGAUCUUCAAGGAGGCAUUUAUCAACAUGAAGUUGUCCUUUCUGACCCUGUCAUCUUAUCCCGGCGCCGCGAGUAUGGUGUUACUGAUCUUGGCCCUGAUGGCAUCAGCUCGUUCUUCAGCCAGCAUGAAUGCAACAACUUUUGUCGCCCGAACUGGACCAAGCCAGCUAACCCAGUCCAACAUUUCCGCCCAGUGCCUGGUACCACUAUGAUUAGACGUACUGUGCCGACUGGAUAUUCUCGACCUCAUGGGACAAGACAUUGA